AUGAGGAGGGCUUCCUUGUGCUGCUGCCCCUCUCUGUGCCUGAGCAGGGACACAGCGUGUUUCUGUCUGCUCGGUGUGCUCAUCGCUCUUUACAUGCUGGCCGGCGCUGCCAUGUUCUCCUCCCUGGAGGGGCCAGCAGAGCUCCAGGCUCACCAGCUCUGGGAGACGAGGCUGAAGGACUUCAGUCAUGAGCAUCGCGUCAGCUGUGAAGACGUGAGGUCUUUAAUACAUCACUACGAGGAGGCCAGGGCCGCAGGCAUCCGGAUGGAGCGAGGCAGAACUCUCUGGGACUUUGCAGGCGCCUUCUACUUUGUGGGAACUGUGAUCUCCACUAUUGGAUUUGGAAUGACAGCCCCAUCCUCCACUUUGGGAAAAGUCUUGCUGGUUUUCUAUGGUUUGCUGGGCUGCUCGGCCACCAUACUCUUCUUCAACCUGUACAUGGAGAGAGUCGUCACAUUUCUGGGCUUCCUCAUGCGCUGGUGCCACAAGAGGAGAUCACAACACGAUGCUUGGCUCCACACUGGAGGGGAAUGCAGAGACAAUGAUGAACAUGGGGGAAAGGAGGAGUGGAAGCCAUCAGUGUUUCAGGUCAUGCUUGUCCUCCUCGCUGCCGUCCUCGUGGUAGCAUGUGGAGCUGCCACCCUCUAUUCAGCCAUGGAGGGCUGGAGUUACUUGGAGGCGCUGUACUUCUGCUUUGUGGCCUUCAGCACUGUGGGCUUUGGGGACCUGGUGAGCUGCCAGAAAGAGCACCAUGAGGACAGCCAGGGAUACAAGGUGGCCAACUGUCUACUGAUGCUCCUGGGUGUGUGUUGCAUGUACUCCCUCUUUAACAUCAUCUCUAUUGUUCUCAAAAUGGGUCUUGGCUGGAUGCUGAAGACAUCAGCCUGGGCGUACAGGAAUUUCUGCCACACCAAGCCCCAACACAUGUCACUAUUUAAGCUCUGUCUUUCUGACGCCAAUCCACCCAUGCAACUGUGUGAAAAUGAGCCUCAGCGCAUGCAAAAAAUUUCCUGUUUAGGUCACAACAUGCUGACACUUUCCAGUGCUCCAAAUACUAUCAGCAGAUGCCUGUGUGAUGAGGCCAAGGUGGAAACGGUGUGCCACAGCGACACAGACAGGCUGAUCGCAGUACAACAAGUGCAGGGUAACUGUUUGCUCAGGGGGAGUGGCGUAAAUGUCAGACCUCUGCCUCUUUGA